AUGUGGAUCACCGGCGGUGGCCACGCCAAAUGGUUCUUCGUCCUCGCCCGCACAGACCCCGACCCGAAAGCUCCGGCCGGAAAAGCCUUUACCGCCUUUGUUGUUGAUGGAGACUCCAAAGGAGUAGUCCGAGGAAAGAAGGAAAUCAACAUGGGACAGCGAUGCGCGGACACCAGAGCCAUCACAUUCGAAGACGUGGUUGUACCAAGUGAGAAUGUUCUUGGAGCCCCGGGUGCUGGAUUCAAGGUUGCUAUGGGAGCCUUCGACACAACUCGACCUGGAGUCGCCGCCGGCGCAGUUGGACUGGCUUGGAGGGCAUUGGAUGAAGCCGCAAAAUAUUCGUUGGAAAGGAAAACUUUCGGAGUUCCAAUUGCGGCGGUAAGUGGCGAGGAGGGUUUUAAAUUUCAAAAAAUUUGUCUUCCGCUUCAAAAACACUCUAAUUUCAGCAUCAAGGGGUCUCGUUCAUGCUCGCCGACAUUGCCGUCAACCUCGAACUCUCCCGUCUGAUGACUUACAAAGCCGCCGCCGAAGUUGACCGUGGAACCCGCUCAUCCUACUAUGCAUCCAUCGCUAAACUCUUUGCCGCUGAUGCCGCCAAUCAAGCCGCCUCGAAUGCGGUCCAAGUGUUCGGUGGAAACGGAUUCAACACCGAAUAUCCGGUGGAGAAAUUGAUGAGAGACGCCAAGAUCUACCAGAUUUAUGAAGGUACCUCUCAAAUCCAGCGUGUUGUUAUCGCCCGUGAACUCCUUCAACGUGUCGGACAAACCGGAAGCGCAUCUCUUGUCGGAUAAUCAAACAAGUAGUAUACAUGAUCUUGUCAAUGUAUGGAGUUGAUUACAGAAUUACUUUCAGCGAUAAAUAUAAUUAUAAAUAACGGUCGGUGUUAUUGGUUGUUCGACUUGAGAGUAUAUUGCAGUUGGACCAUUCGUUUUCGUAAUUUUGACUUAUGAUCAUCCUAAAUUUGAAUUGACUGUCCGAAAUUCCUGUCACUGCACAGAAAAACUUUUGUUGGAAGGUGCAUGCACUUUUAGUACGGUUUUUACGAACACCUUUUGAGUUCCGGUUCAUUUAAACCGCUGAUCUUCUUGACCGGUGACUCGAUGAAACUCAUCUUGCUCGUCCUCCUCUUUCUUCUUGUCGGUGUUGCUCACGCUGGGGUUACAGAAUGGAUAAAUAAGAAGAUUAUUAACCCUAUUAAGAGACCUUUCGGUAAGUGAAAACUUUGAUACUUUAUAAUUUAAUCUUUCAGUGAACAAUGGCAAAGGAAGAACCAGGUAUCAGCGCAGAGCCCAUCGAGCCGUCCACAGGGUAACUGGAUAA